UCAGUACACUUACCAUAUUUCAACGACAAUAGAAGUAAUUAUGAAAUUACUUAAAAAGAGGUACUCAAGUCCUUCUUAAAUGGGUCAAAAACAUUCUAACAUUCUGCAUUUAAUAUAAAUUUUACUCAAUUUCCAUUAACUUGCAUUUCUAAGUGUCCAAAAACACUACAGUCAUUUCACACUUAAUGACACGAUUUCCGUACUGUUUUCAGAAGAAGUAUGCUAAAGUGUGUAGGGUAACUACAAACAGUUACAUGGAUAGUUGCAUUUUAGAGUCUGCUUCUAGCAUUGUUGUUAUCUGUAGUCGUGAAGUACAUGUUCAGGAUGAAUGUUUAAAUGUGACACGUGAGACUUGAAUGAAGUGGGAUCUGUGCAGGGUUGGCGUCUGCGACUGGAAACUGCAGCUACAAGGCGCUUAUCGAACAUCUCGGCUUGGGCAGUGAUGACACUCAGAUGACGUCCCUGCGGCCUGUGCUUAACUGGAAAACCCCUACCCUUAUUUAUACAGACCUGUAUGUGACCUCCAUCACAGGAGUGGAUGAAAAAGCCCAGAGCCUCUCAACACAAGUAACAAUUGCGCAUGGUUGGUUCAAUGAGUUAAUCAAAUGGAACCCAGAGGACUUCUGUGGAAUCACAAUAUGUCCAUUUAAAAAGGAUAUGGUUUGGUCUCCAGACAUCAUCAUCUCUGAAAGCAUCAACACUGAGUUUGCAACAAAGGAGAAUCAGUAUGUCCGGAUGAAUAAUCAAGGCAUUAUAAUGACAUCUAACACUUUUGCUGUGACCACAGCCUGCAAGAUGAACCUGCACCGCUUUCCCUUCGACGUCCAAAUCUGCACUUUUACCCUCCAGUCUCCGAUCCAUUCAAAUGAGGAGCUCUUAAUCCAUCCGUUCUCCGGUGCAUCAAUCCUGACCCUCAGCUCCAAGCAGGCCUUUCAGACUCAGGGAGAAUGGGAAUUCCUCAGUAUAAACAUGUCUAAAGCCAAUGUCUCUGCUCUAGGAGAACAACAGGAUCUGCUGAUAUAUAAGAUCACCAUGAAGAGGAGGCCUUUACUAUAUGUCAUUAACUUUCUAAUGCCGGUAUUUUACUUCCUUAUUCUGGAUUUGGCCUCCUUCUUCAUCGAUUCAAGUGGAGGAGAAAAGUUGGGUUUUAAAGUAACUCUGCUUCUGGCUAUUUCUGUGUUACUGCUGCUUCUUCAAGACAUGCUGCCCUCUACUGCCAGUGAUAUCCCCCUGAUUGGGGUUUAUUGUGUGGUCAUUUUCACUCUGAUUGGCAUCAGCGUUCUGGAGACCAUUCUUAUGAAUUUUCUGAUGGCUAAAGCAAAUCAGACAGAUGCAGGAAGACCAACGCAAAGCUCAUCUGCUGUUUCUGAUGCCGUGAAGGACACUAAGGGCCCUGCGGACUCAGUUACAGACCGUCAUGAGGAGCAGCUGUAUGCGCUGGACGUUCUGAAGCAGAUCCUCAUGCAGUUUCAGGCUUCUGCUACUCAUCAGAACCAACAAGAGAAGAAAUCCCUGAGCUGGACCAGAGUGGUAUCAAUAAUCAAUCUGAUCUUCUUCUUUCUGUAUGUAACCACAGUUAUUGUGUUUCUGAUAACGCUGUCUGAGGCUUGGUUCAUGUGAGUAAAUGUCCACUUAUGGACCUCUACGUGAGAUGGAAAGGCUUCUUCUGCAUGACUAGAUUAUGAUUAGAAAUAGCCAGUGUUGGUUUUCCAUGUUAGUUUAUGCACGUUAUACUAUAUAAGGCAGUGAUUUGAUAUACUUAUGAAUUGGAAUCCAUUACUAAUUAAAAACCACAUGACAGAAAUUGUAGCAAUGUAUUUUGAGAAUUAACAAAUUUUUGUUAAUUUUAUCUGUCUAAUUGGAUUAUAUUUUAUAUUACACGUUACUUGUCUUUCUUUAGCUUCUUUAGACAUUGGUUGCAUUUUUAAGUGCAUUUAACAUAAGUGUCAUCCAGUUGUCAAACUUAAGUAAAGUAAAAGUUGUAAAACUAAUACACUAACUUCUCAUCACUGAAUAGAAAUAAAAUAUAAAUAAAUUAAAAAACUUUUACCAUAUAUACAAAAUGUUGUUGUUGUUGUUGUUUUUAUUUUGAGGAAAUAGACUAAACGUAUUCAUGAAUUCAAGAGGAGCUACACACAUUCACCAAAUUCAUUCAUUGGGUGUUUAAGCAUGGUAAGGUACCAUCCUGAAAUACAAGGAAUGAAUGAAUUAAAUUCAGCAACACUGACAUCAAAAACAAGGUUUUUAAUUUCAUUGACUACGUCUGUCAUUUAUUAACA